UGGGAACACAGCAGGACACACAAGGUCGGGGCUUGCAGAGCAUGGGUAACUCAGCCUCCUGUGACGCCCUCUUCCUCUGCCCCCUGCCCCUCCCUCACAAUAGAUGGAGGCCUGUCUCCUUACCCCCUUCUCCCACCUGGGUCCUGGGAUGCACAUCACCUGCCCUGUGUCUUCUAGGCACCUGGAGACCCUGCCUUCCAAGAGUUUCAUGAAGCCCAAGAGGCUGAGGUUCCCGGGACCUGUGAACAGCCGGCGCUGGGUGUUUGUGAGAGAGGGACUGGAUGACUUCCCGAAAGGCCGUCACCAACACCAGCACCCCAAGGAUGUCUCUCUGCCUCAUGUUCAUCACAGACUUCCCCAAGCUACCCCCAAGAAGAGGCAGAAUGGACUGCCCGAGGGGGCCACCCUGUUAUCCAAGCUUCCACAGGCGAGGAAGGCAUUCCUAUUGGAUGUGGAAGAUAACAUGGCCCUGCACCCCCUGACUCUCUACCCACAUCUGGAAGAAGCUCUGCCCCCUCAGCUCUUAUUGCAGGUGCUGGAGGUACUCGACCCUGAGAAGAAUUUGGAGGAGACAUGGGCUUGUUGUCGGGAUGCCAGAAAAUUAAUGAAGGGACCCACAGAACUUGAAGAAAAAUGUUCUUCUCAGAUGUGCCUCCCCAAGAAGAUGCCGGUGUCACAUUCAGGCCAGUGGCUUUGUGAAGAAAAGCCAAGUGAAGUGAAUUCCCUCUAUCGAGAAAGUCUCCUUUGUGACAACGUGCACAGAGGGGUCCGAGACUUCUGUGACUGGGCCAAGGCUCUUGGAAGUUCGCCCAUCGAGGAGGAGUUCAUCCUGCAGCAGUUUGACCUUGACUAUCACACCAGGCGCAGCUGUGCUGUGCUUCCUGCAAUGAGAGCCCCAAAGCGUUCUGUCCCGAGUCAACUGCAGGAGGCAGGCCUGUGCCAUAAACCAGACCGUGAGAGGCGACUCCGGAGAGCACAGGACAAACCCUUCAUCGAUGGUCGACUUUCCCUGAGAGAAUGUGAUGGCUGCUGGAACAAACCCCGGUCCUCUGGAAGAGAGAAUCCUCAUAAGCCAAAGCGGGUGAAGAUGAGGUAUGGAGCCUGGUAUCUGAAGACCAACUUGUGGAAGAAGCAAAGAGCAGAUGAACCUUUGGUUGAUCCCAAGAUUUCACACAAAGCUCAGGAUUCUAACUUGGAAAAGCAUCUUCGGGAGCAGGCGGAGCUGCUUGCAGGCCUACACGGAACUGUGGCCUUUAAGGACUUCAUUCUAAGCAGGGGUUACAGGAUGCCCAGGUUCCUUGAGAAGAUACAUGCUGUCGAGAAAGGUAGAUCUGAAAAUAUUAAGACUCCUAAGAAACUCACGCCAACAGCGAGGAAUCCUGGGAGAAGAUGAGGCAGCUUUUAUUGACUGCAUACUUGGGUUUUCUUCCAUUAUCUUAAUUAUUAAGUAGGUCAUGGUAAGUGCUCACACGGAAACUUCGACCUGGCAGCAUCUAUAAAUAUAAAACCCGACACAAUGCUUCUAAAUGGCUUUAAUCGAUUUUUGUAUUAUUUUUAGUUAUGUAUAGUUGUGUGUGUCUGCCUGGGGGUGAGUACACAUGAAUGUAGGGGCCCUCAGAGUCAGAACUGUUGAGUCCCCUGGCGCUGGAGUUACAAACAGUUGUGAGCCACUGUGUGGGUGUUGGUAAUUGAACCUUGGUUCUCUGGAAGAGCAGGUGAACUCUUAACUCCUGAUUGAGCGCUCCAGCCCCCAUCAAGAAACGCUUUGUUUGUUUGUUGUCUUCAGAUUAGGCCUUCUUCAGGCAGAGUCUUGCUCUGUAGCGCAGGCUAACCUCUAAUUAGUCACCCCCAACCCCAAAGUAGCCUCUCAGGGGCUAGAGUUGCAGCUGCCCACCAACAUCCUUGGCUUAGCGUUUUGUGUGUUACCAGUUAUGGAAUCUAAAUUCAUGUAGAGUCUCCUCAAAGUUUUGUGUUAUGAAAAUUACAUAAGUAUAUUAGUUCUUUGUAAGAAUAAAGUCAUAA